AAUUCAAUCAUUUUAUCAAUGACCGGUAGCGAUCCAGACGUAGAUUGCGCGAUGAUCAUGAAGCUGUCGAUUUUCCUAGUACUGUAUAUGCUACGAUAAUAUCGAAUUGAUAACAUCGACUGGUCUGUGUAGAACACGAACCUCUCUCGGUCAUCUAGCUAUAAUGUGGUCAUAAAGUAAUGUACGUACUACGUAGUGUAUGUUGGUUUAUGGCAUAAAACCACAACAACGUGGCUAAUAUGAUGGAUCUAUGUACCUGUACAUAUCAUUUCAGGUUUGACCCAAUGUGCCAAUCAGUUUGAUGCUGUUUAAAUUUGAGGAAUUUUUUUUGAACAGGAAUUCAAUUUUUUUAAAUUUGUACUCAGUUUUAAUUUUUUUUUUUUUUUUUUGAAAUUGGUGAAGAAACAUUGAUUCAAGUACGUCAGUAGAAAUAAUGUUGGAAUGUAUCAGUGGCACCAUCAUAAUAUAACGAAAUCAGUAAACUGCCAAUCGUCCAUAACAUGAGUCAUACAAACAUAUUCACGUAGUAGCAAUAAUGCAAUAUUCAAAUCAAGUCGAAUUGAGAAAAUAAGACCCAAAUGAUCGUAAUUUGGAUUCAAUUACUGUCGCUUGUAAGCACAUCAACCGCAUUAUGGGAUAAUGCAGACAAAGACCACGAAAUUUUCAACUCGAGCAUCUGCAUGUUCGCUGAUAAGACAUCGAUGAUAGAUACAUUCUUCCAUUACACCGAUACCGAAUCAAAAUAUCAAGUCUUCACCGCCCCUUUGGGAUUCGGUAAAACGACGAAUUUGAAAAUGUUAAAACGUUUCGUGCAAAUUGAAAUCGAUGAAUUUGGCCAUAAACUGGAUAAAACGCGAACCUCGAGUUAUAAAUUAUUCACCAAUGAAAAGCUCGCUAUUUCGAACCAUCCUAACACUAUAGAAGCGCAUUUAGCCGAAUACCCUGUACUUUAUUUCGACUAUAGCGAAGUGAUGGAGUUCUCGUUUCCUAAAACCUAUAGAAAAAUAUGCUCCAAAGUACACGAGUUGUUUAAAUCUUACCAAUGGGUUUACGAAAUCCUUCGAGAAAGGUAUUCGAAUAACUCGAACAUGCAGGAUGCUCAAGCGGAACAAUUCAAUGGUAAACUUUCACUCGUGCAAAAAAUGAUUAACACGAGCCAAUUCGAGAACGACUAUAUUCAAAAAGAUUGUUUAUGCGCGAUGGUUGAAAUAUUGUACGAAUAUUUUCAACAUCAGGUAUUUGUUUUCAUCGAAUACUACGAUCGAUAUUGGUUCGAUGGUGAAAAUGAAAAUUGCAGGUUAUGGGAUAUGUACACGAAGACGAAAUUCUCAAUGUAUCAAGGUGUCCUGUACGACUUAGCGUAUCAAUUAUUUCAACCAAAAAUGAGUAAAUAUAUAAAAUACGUGUUCGCCACCGGAACUCAUCCUAUUUACUUGCAAAAUGAUAAUUUCACUUAUAACUCGUUUUUGGGCGAUCACCCCUUUACAAAGUAUUACGGAUUUACCACCGAAGAAGUGACUAGAAUACUCAAUCCUCGAGCCAAAGCUCCAAUAACAGAGCUUCGCAAUUUACGAAUUUCUCAUAACGGUUAUUCAACUAAAGUAGGAGAUUUGGCAUUAUUUCAGCCAUCUUCAAUUAUUAAUUAUUUCCCUCAAUCGAGAUCAUCUUCCAGUAUUGAACACUCACCCGAAGGAUGGACUUUGAAGGCGUCGUACGAGUUGAAACCAUAUCUAUUGAUCGAUCCCCCUCCAUUGAAUGGUCAAUGGAAAGUGUUGAAAAUUGAAUCGAUACGUGAAAAAGUUCAGAAUUUGGUAUCCGAAGGAAAUGUUACUUUUCAACUACGUUUUGAAAGCUCUCACAAGGUGAAGGAAAAUUUACUAGAGGGUUUGAAAAAUGAGCCACAAACGCAGAAGGUGACCAGCGAGUUGUUUUUUUCGAUGCUUUUUGAGAAUGGUUAUCUUACUUAUACUGAAGUUCCUGGAUGCUACAGGGUUCCAAAUCAGAACAGGUUGAACGUGCUGGAACAUUAUUUGAGAAUUUUUGUGGAACGUCAGCAAAAUGAUGAGCCGGAUGAAGUACUUAGAUCUUGGAGGGAGUAUAUGAAACAAAAUCGACUUGUACGAUAAUUAUUUACCUAUACCUAAGUAAAUAGAUUUUUAAAUUAAUGUGACAAGCAUUCAUUUGUGUAAUACAUACAAUACAAUUAACCUACGUAAAUUUGAUAAAAUCUCCAAUUCAUUUUGUAAUGUUUAUUUAGGAGUACUUUUUGAAAUGUUGACUACCUUCCUCUCCUAUACAUAUAAAUGGACGUUGGCUCUCGAGUGCUUUUGUCGAAUUUUUAUUUUUACCUGCCUAUCUCUUAUUUCUCUCAAUUUUUAAAGUAGUUUCUGAAAUGUAAUGAGAAUAGUUUCUCUUUGAAUCACUCAUUGGUUCACCAAACAGACCUCGAGAUUAUUUUUGGUAAAUUACUGAUGAUUUUCGGUAAAAUACAAGUGAUUUUUGGUGAAUUUCAAAUAAUUUUUGGGAAAAUACAAGUAAUUUUU